AUGCUCACAACACAAAAACUUCUCAGCAAUGAUGUUGAGGAAGGAGCUGAAUUAAUUUUUCUUCUACUGUUAGAAAAAUUAGCAUGUUUUGAAAUUUCUUCGAACAUAACAAGAAAGCGUAAAGGUCGUUCCUGUUUCUUAACGUUUAGUUUUUCAGAAAAGGUGACUUGGGAUGAAGCACAGCGGCACUGUGAAGCUAGGAGAAGUUACCUGGCAACUUUCGACAGUGCAUUACAGUAUCGUGAUAUAUCAAAGGAAUUAGCGCGUAAUCCGUUCUGGUUUGGAUUUCGGAAAAAUGCUAAAGGGUGGGAAUGGGUUGACCUGCAAACACCUGUCUAUAGCGAAAUGCCUACAGAAAGUAACGACGUUUUGGCAGAAUUUCACUGCGCUUACGGGACGCAGACGGGAGCGUGGAACACAGCUCUAUGUUCGGAAAGAAUGGAAUACAUUUGCGAAUUUCGGCGUUAG